GAUUGAAUUAUGGGAUACUGCUGACAUGGAAAGAGCUCGCUCUCUCACAGAAACCUACUUUCGGGGUUCUGCAGCUGGUCUUUUAGUCUACGACAUUUCAAGAGCUGUUACGCUCCGUCGCAUUCCAGAAUGGAUACGAAGUUUUCACUUUCGAGUCGAAAAUGCCCCAAUUUUUCUUGUUGGUAAUAAACUGGAUCUAGAAGCCGAAGAAUAUUCAAGUGGUGAAACGACAAUAGAGCAUGCGCAAGAAAUACUCGGGAAAAACCUGCCAGGGAUAACGAGAGUCUAUGAAGUGUCUGCCAAGAAGGAUAUUGCCGUGGAGAAGAUGUUUCAUAAAGUAGCUGAACACUUGUUUAUUAUGUAUAACUCGCAAAAUUACAUGCGUACGGAGGUUGAUGGGUCUGGUGAUGUCAUUCGCCUUCACUACAGGAAAUCAUGGCAUGAUAAUGUUGCCAUACAUGCGGACACCAGCAGUGGUCAACUGCAAAAGAAAAGUAACAUAAAAUGUUGUAAGAUAUAAAUAUGAGUUUUAAUUAUUAUACAAUAAAACAUAGUGGUCACAGCCUUAUUAGUGUUAUAUAUUGCCAGUUGUGACCGUGCCCCCCCCCCCCCACCACUUGGGGUACAGCAAAUUGUGGUUCCACUAACAUGUGGUCCACCCACUUGUGAUCCUCAAUAGUAGCCCCACCCAUAUGUGCUUGAACCUAUAUGGCCUUGCCCAUUGCUUGCUCUUUCCUCUAGUGCACUUGUGGGCCAUAUCUACUUGUUCAUGAUGUCCUGGGUGAACAAAAUGGUGGCUUGACUCCGUUUUAAAAUCAGUUUUAGUAUGGAAAUUUUCCCCUUGUUAUUCCCUCCCACAAAUCCACUACUGAUGACAUCCAUGAUUAUUUACCAAAUUUUUAAAUACACGUCCAUAGUUUAUGUCCUCAAGGGAAAAUUUAUUUUGUGUACUUGUCUUUUUAUCCAAAAUAUUUUAUUAGAUAUAUUGUAAUAAUUUUACAAAUUCAAAUAUGAUGAAAGACAAAUUUUUAAAAGUGUAGUAAGUACUAAUUAGAAGAGUACCAUAAAGCCAGUAUAAUUUUAAUAUUUAGAACAAAAUCAAAAUUAGAAUAAAAUCUAAUCAUAAACAUAUAUGGUCAUGUAG